AAAUCUGCAAUGCAACAAUGGCGAACUACACUCUGCUUUGUCGCAUCGCCAAAUGUGGAACCCGUUCGUCUCUCUUUCUUCAAGCUACCGGAGGCUGCUUUACUACAAUUAGCACUAAAACACUGCUAAAACCUCCUUUUCAAGCAACAAGAACAUUCGCAAGUGAUGCCAACUCUGUUUCCCUUUUCGAUAAGAUGACUAUGGGUAAUCAGAGGAAGUACUACAUGUUGGGUGGGAAAGGAGGUGUUGGAAAGACAAGUUGCGCCGCAUCUCUUGCUGUAAAGUUUGCAAAUCACGGCCAUCCCACCAUUGUACUUUCUACAGACCCUGCUCACUCUUUAAGUGAUUCCUUCGAUCAGGAUUUGACUGGUGGGACACUAGUUCCAAUUCAAGGAUUGGAUUCUCCAUUAUUUGGACUCGAGAUUAAUCUGGAAAAAACCAAGGAGGAUUUCCGUAGUGCAUCACAAAACAAUGGUGGUGCUGGUGUAAAGGAUUUCAUGGAUAGCAUGGGCCUUGGAAUGGUAGCUGAGCAGUUGGGAGAAUUGAAAUUGGCAGAGCUUUUGGAUACACCUCCUCCAGGUUUUGAUGAAGCUAUUGCAAUAUCAAAGAUAAUGGAGUUUGUAGAUUCACCAGAUUAUAGUAUGUUUACAAGGAUAGUCUUUGACACUGCACCUACAGGUCAUACACUUAGGCUUUUGUCUUUGCCAGACUUCAUGGAUGCAUCCAUAGGAAAAUUAAUGAAGAUGAAAAAAAAGAUUGCUUCAGCAACUUCUGCCAUCAAAUCCGUAUUUGGGAAAGAGCAACCAAAACUUUUGGAAGGCACUUUAGAAGAGUUGAGGGAGAAGAUGGCAAAAAUGAGAGAUCUUUUUCGUGACUCAAAGACUACAGAAUUUGUGAUUGUGACUAUCCCUACUGUUAUGGCAGUUAAAGAAUCAUCAAGGCUACAUGCAUCAUUGAAGAAAGAAAAUGUCCCUGUAAACAAACUUAUUGUUAAUCAAAUCUUACCUCCAUCUUCAACAGAGUGCAAAUUUUGCUCAAUGAAAAGAAAGGAUCAAAUGCGUGCAAUUGAUAUGAUCCAAAAGGAUCCAGAAUUGGGUAGUUUAGAUCUAAUUGAAGCGCCUUUGGUUGAUGUGGAAAUAAGGGGAAUUCCAGCUCUCCAGUUCAUGGGUGAUAUGCGACUCGGGGACACUUUGUCGAUCUGCAAUAAAAUAUCAAUCGGACACCAAUCCAAGCUGGAAAACUAUGAAUUAAACAAUCACAAUUCAGAUUUUACCAAAAUGUUUACUUAUGGUCAAGAUCCCGAUGUUGUUCGGUGGGGUCUCCAGCUGUUUGAUGGUGGGCCAUAUUGCGGAUAUGGUCCACAAAAUUACACAGAUUGUUAUCAUGAUCAGUAUUCUAGAGAAGAAGCCAGGUAUCACACGGAAUGCAUCACCACAGAAAAUGACAAACUUGCCCUUCAAGAAAACACAUCUCCUUUUUUGGUUGCAGAAGCGUCUACACCUUCUUGUGAAGAAAUUGAUCAUUCACAAUCAUCAUUUUAUCUACAAGAUUCACUCAAUCAGUCUAUGGCAAACUACAGUCUUGAAGAUGAUGAUGAUGAUGAUGAUGAUAACACAAAUGAUAGCCCUACAAGGCAGUUUGACUAUGGGGAGGAAUUGUCUUACUCAUUGGAGUUGAGUGAUGAUGAAGUAGGCAAGAGGUUGAAUCAGAUGGCUUCUGUUCCUCAUGUUCCCAAAGUCAAUGGAGAAAUUCCUUCCUUAGAUGAGGCAACUUUAGAUCAUCAAAGGCUACUCGACAGGCUGCAGUUAUAUCAAUUAGUAGAGUCUAAAGUUCAAGGGGAUGGAAAUUGUCAGUUUCGAGCCCUGUCAGAUCAAGUUUAUCGUACAACUGAACACCAUCAAUUUGUGAGACAACAAAUUGUAAAUCAGCUUAAAUUACACGCAGAUAUAUACGAGGGAUAUGUCCCUAUGGUUUAUGAUGAUUACUUAAAGAAUAUGGCCAAGGUUGGUGAAUGGGGUGAUCAUGUCACUUUGCAGGCUGCUGCUGAUUUGUAUGGCAUCAAAGUUUUUGUCAUCACAUCAUUUAAGGACACAUGUUAUAUCGAGAUUGUUCCGAGUGUUCAAAGGUCAAAUCGAGUAAUUUUCUUGAGCUUUUGGGCUGAGGUUCAUUACAAUUCAAUAUAUCCUGUGGAAGAUAUCCCGAAUAUGAGACCAUGAAGAACUGAUGUGGAAGAUGAUGAUUUGAGUGGUUAUUGCAACUCUCUACUCUCUUCCAGCUUAUUAUAUCAUUAAACAUUCUUGUGAAAUAAUAAUAUACUUUUACUUUUACUCCUUGUUAAUUGCUA